AUGUCGAGUGUUAAGGUAUCACUUUUGAAUAAGCAGAAAGAGGACAAUGGUGAGAUGGUGUAUGCCCCUGGAUUCAAUAGCCUUGUAGAGCUCCAUGGGCAGGAAUUUCGAAAAGCAAUAGAUCACGUUUAUGGUAGCCGUAUUAUCGCCAUGAAACGUUGCGAUGAAAGCCUUCCUAAACUUGUGGUUGACUGCCGCUUUCUUUCCGAGUUUACAACUUACGUCAGGCAAAUUCAAACAUUGCAUGAUGGUAAUUGGACUUCACGACAACCUUUCGACAUCACUGUGGCAAAUUUUCGCCCAGAUAGUCAACUUGCAGAGAUCGUGAAAAGGUUGUGA